UGAGGUCCAGCUGCCAGGCGGAGCAGCUGUCGUUGUCUGUCAGCUCUCCUGCUUUAGACGCCCAGAGAGAGCUGGAAAUAUGGCCAGGAUAUGGGGCUCGGCACGGGGAGAAGUUUGGAAACCUUGUGUUUCUGUGUAAGUUAAAACCACAGAGGUCACCGUUAACAGCCGGUCACAGAUCAGGAUCCAUGGUGGGCCACGAAGCAAGAACUGCAGUUGGCUGAGCUACUUUAGACAUCCUGAUUUGGACGUUCUUUCAUCUGCGGCUGAAGAACUCACUUAGAAAUGGAGACACGACCGUCUAAGGCCACAGAGGACUCAAAGACCAAAGAAGAUGCUGCUGGAGAUGCAGAACUGGCCAAAGCCAUCAUGUCUCGGCGUUUCCACCCAUCGACCGUUGGCCCUGAGACGUGGGAGGGAUACAUCUUCUCUGAUCUGGAGAUCCGAAUCAAAGAAUCCACAGACCUAUACGGAGCUGUCCUCUGGCCUUCGGCAAUGGUGCUGUGUCAUUUCUUAGAGGCCAACAGAGACGAGUACAACCUGGCAGACAGAAACGUGAUCGAACUGGGAGCUGGAACAGGGCUCGUUACCAUAGUAGCCAGCCUCUUAGGUGCUAAAGUCACAUCCACUGACCUACCGGAUGUCUUGGGAAACCUCCAGUACAACGUGGCACGUAACACCAAGGGCAGAUGCAAAUACAUCCCUCUGGUCACUGAGCUCAUCUGGGGUCAGGAGGUGUCUCAGCGUUUCCCUUGUGCCACUCACUGUUUCGACUACAUCCUAGCCGCCGACGUGGUGUAUGCCCACCCUUACCUGAGCGAACUGAUGGACACCUUUGACUACCUGUGUCAGGAUAACACUCAGAUACUGUGGGCUAUGCGCUUCCGGCUGGACCCAGAGAACAGCUUCGUGGAACGCUUCCAGCAGAGGUUCCACCUGGAGGAGCUGUACAACCUCCCCAGUCUGAGCAUCAGACUGUACCGGGCCUGGAGGAAGGACAAGAGGAGCAGGAACCAGAGAGAGGCUGCAGCCUGAAUUCCCUAAAUACACAUUCUUAGUGAAUUUGAAAUGGGUCCACACACAGCUGAGAAGCGUGUUAAAUCAGCCGACCAGUUUGUUGUUUUGAGUGAGUUAACAUGGAUCUGACUGCAUUCUGUGGAAAACCUGGAAGAUCAUCUGUUUGGUGAAUUUACCUGUAAAUUAUUCUGGUGUUUUAUUGCAAUGGGACAUUACAGGUUUCAGUAAAUAAUAAAAGGUAUUUUAUGCACAAA